GCAACAUUUAAUACGGUCCCAUUCACAUUCUGAAAAAUGGCAGGUCCAGAUCUGUUAAAGACUCUUCUGUACACCAUUAAUAAUUUGCUACAACAAAACCAAUAUAAAGCUGCCCUCGCUGUUGUCAAAGGAUUCAGAAAUGGUGCUGUUUACGGUGCCAAAAUCAGGGCACCACAUGCUCUUGUAAUGACAUUUCUAUUCAGAAGUGGAAGUUUGAAGGACAAGCUCAGGGCCAUUGCAAAAGCCACCUACACCCACUCCCGCAACCUGGCCUACUUCGUGUUCACUUAUAAGGGACUGCAGACAUUACAGGAGAAGAUCCAGGGCAAAAGUCUCCAGUCACAGUCCUUUUUGGCUGCCUGCCUUGGAGGCUGGUUGGUGUUUGGUGAAAAUAACAACAUUAAUAGCCAGAUCAACAUGUAUCUGUUGUCAAGGAUCCUUUUCGCCCUGUCCCGCUUGGCUGUUGAGAAAGGCUACAUACCCCAGCCCAAACGGGAUCCCUUCCCCCUCUUCGCCACCCUGGUGUGGGGCAUCGUGCUUUGGCUGUUUGAGUACUACCCACACACCCUCCAGCCGUCCCUGCAGUCCUCCAUGAACUACCUCUACCAUGACAGCAAUGUGUGGCAUGACAUCACAGACUUUCUGGUAUACAACAAGCCAAGGACUGCCCCUUAAAGCAAAGAAUGUGUGCUCUCAUGAGUUACUUUGAGCUCAUAGAUCUACUGUAUGACAGGCAUUGAUAGUCUUUGAAACAAAUGAUGAGUUGGAACUUGGUUCUCAGUCUAUUUAACACAAAGGUGUCAUUUUAUUGUUUCAGUGGUUAGAUUGGUAUAGCUGCAAUGUGUUUAAUUAAUUUGAAACAACAUUUUAAAUGAUAUUUUGCCUACAUUUAAGUAUUGUAUCUGACAAAGUAAUAGAACUGAUACAAAGUUAUAAUUGAGAAUGCGUUCAUUUAAAUAUAUUCAUAUUUUUGUGUUGAUUUCUGUUCAUAUCCAGGCAUAGGCUACUUGUUUUUAUGUGGCCUUGUAUUCACACAAGUGAACACUUUUAACACUAAAUUGUUUAAGGGUACUUUUUCCAUACUGCCAUACAAAUGGUAUUCCAAAGGUGAUCUUGAUUUCUGUGGUUGUAGAUAGUUGCCCCUAAUCAAUGAUUUAUGAUUUAUUUUGUAGAGGGUCCAUCUAGUACUCAGUUAAUGUUUCCUUCAUGUAUAGCUACAUACAUUUCCAGCAUAUCAAUGCUGUUGAUGCCCAAUGAAUUAUACAUAAGGUGUCUAAUACUGUAUAUUUGUAAAAUACAAUUUCCAGAUUUUCUUUUAUGACUAGCUUUUAUGGAAGCAUUAACAUAAAAUAAAUUUAAAUUCUUAUGAAUUACUCUUGUAUUUUACUUUUGUAUUUUGUGUUCUUGAAGGUGUCCUUGUCAUUGAACAAGCCCUUCUUCAUAUAUUAAAAAUAAAAGGUGUACUACA